GCCCCCUCUGGCGGCGUCACGCCCAGGUUUCCGGCAGGAGGGAGGCAGUAGGACCUGGCUGUAGCCGAGCCCGGGGCGGUCGGUGGCUCCGGUCCGGCUCGGUCAGUCAGUCAGUUGCUCCAUGUCGGGAAUGAUUUAUCUCCACAGUAACCAUGAGAGUUGCCUGCGGUCUCCUCCGGACACGGCCACGGCGCGUUUCCACAGCUACCCCGAGCCCGCCUUAGGAGAUCUUUUCAACGGCUGCUGCUCCAUGGGGGAGGCGGGGGCCAAGCGGCGGGAGGCAGGCUCUCCGCCGGGGGCUGCUCGAAACGGGGACACGGCCUGCAGCUCCCUGGCUCCCCCCGCCGCCAGCUCCUUCUCCUCCUCCUCCUCCUCCUUCUCCUCCUCGUCUUCCUCCAACACCGGAUCCCCGUCCCCGUGUCAACCCAACACCAACACUUCCGACACUUCUACCUCGGCGCCCGGCCUCGGUCACCAGGACGGCGCCUCUCCCCCGGGGCUCGGCCAGGACGAGGACACCGGCGGCUCGGAUCCCGAGGUGGUCGAGAGCCCGGGGCCGCCGCCGUCGCCCCCCGCCGCCGCUACCAGCAGCACCGAGCCCCGGGCACUGGAGGAGUUCACGGACGUCAGUCUGAAAGCGAGGAAUUCGUUCGAAGGGAACCGGAGGCAGAGCGCACCCGAGCAGUUGGCGGCUGGGCUCGAGUGUCCGGGCACGGCCCUUGGCAAUGAGCAGGGGGCCAAGCCCAAGAAGCUGGGCAUCGCCGACUACAUCAGCAGGAAUUUUUUUACUAAGAAGACCAAGGAACCCAUUCCUUCUGCUUUUAGUGCUCCUGGCUGGAAGCUAUUUGGGAAAGUUCCACCAAGGGAAAAUUCACAGAAAGAUUCCAAAACAAUACAGCAGGAAUAUGAAGCCCGAACUGGCCGAGCAACCAAAACGCCCCCCCAACCUGUACGGCGACGAAAUCUUGAGUUUGAGCCCCUGUCUACUACAGCCCUGAUCCUAGAAGAUCGACCAGCUCACCUACCUGCUAAGUCGGCAGAGGAGGCUCAACGGCACAGACAAGAAUAUGAUGAGAUGGUGGCAGAGGCAAAGAAGCGAGAAAUUAAAGAAGCACAACGAAGGAAAAGAAUUAUGAAGGAACGAUUCAGACAAGAAGAGAGCAUUGCUCAUGCUAUGAUUAUUUGGAACACAGAUAUUCUUCCCAACUGGGAGACCAUUCGCAAUACACGGAAGGUGCGUGAAUUGUGGUGGCAAGGUAUUCCACCAAGUGUUCGAGGGAAAGUGUGGAGUUUGGCUGUUGGUAACGAACUGAAUAUCACUCAUGAGCUUUAUGAAAUCUUCCUGUCUAGAGCGAAGGAACGUUGGAAAAACUUUAGUGACUUUGGAUCAGAGAAUGAAACUGAAGAAUCUGGGACAUCAAGGGCUGAUCGAGAGGCCAGUCUUGAACUGAUAAAGCUGGACAUAUCCCGUACAUUCCCUUCACUCUACAUUUUCCAGAAGGGUGGACCAUAUCACGAUCUUUUGCAUAGCGUCCUUGGGGCAUAUACCUGCUACAGGCCUGAUGUGGGAUACGUCCAAGGAAUGUCUUUUGUUGCUGCAGUGCUCAUCCUUAAUUUGGAAGAAGCAGAUGCUUUCAUAGCUUUUGCCAACUUAUUGAACAAACCCUGUCAGCUGGCAUUUUUCCGAGUGGAUCAUAGCAUGAUGCUGAAAUAUUUUGCAUCAUUUGAAGUGUUUUUUGAAGAAAAUCUUCCAAAACUCUUUUCACACUUCAUGAAAAAUAAUUUGACUCCAGAUAUCUAUCUUAUAGACUGGAUAUUUACACUAUAUAGUAAGUCACUGCCCCUGGAUCUAGCUUGUCGAGUCUGGGAUGUCUUUUGCCGCGAUGGAGAAGAGUUCCUUUUUCGGACAGCAUUAGGCAUCCUCAAGUUGUAUGAGGACAUUUUAGUGCAAAUGGACUUUAUUCAUAUAGCUCAAUUCCUUACCAAACUGCCUGAAGACAUCACAUCAGAAAAACUUUUUGCUUGUAUCACUACUGUUCAAAUGCACAGCAGCAACAAAAAAUGGACACAGGUGUUUGCUUCACUGAUGAAGGAAAAUAAGGAGGUUGAGAAAAAUCACUGUCCUACCCUGAAGAGUUAAUAUUCCUGUGGGGACAUUUGAUGUUUGUGACGGUCAGUGAGCUGGAAUUUGUUGGCAUUAAUGGUGUAGCAAUACUUUAUGGAAGUUUCUUCAGUGCAUCUCCUUAAAGUGGAUGUCUGUUGGAGUUAAGAGACUGAAUAUUGUUGGACUGUGAAUGACCCAAAGAUCUGUCUAUCUUAUCCCCAUUGAUGGGAAAAGUGUUAUGGUGCAGUUGAUCCUUUCGUGGCUUAUAUCCAACAAAAUGAAAUGUUUACACUAGUGUCAGUAUUAAAGGAAAAUUUGAGUCCUGUGCAAAGUAGUUCAUUUAUUAGCAGACUGAAAACUGAUAUGUAAAUUUGAGCACUUAGAGACCAAUCACCUUGCUGUACCUUGUUUCUGGUACACAAAGUACCUCCAAAGCUAGCUGGUUCCCAGAAACUACCUAAUAUGGACCAAAUGGAUUUUGAAUUGUUUUCUUCCAUUGUGUAGCGUUUUAGUGAUAGUCUUAUUUGGGAAGUAGCUGGUUUUUACUUUUUAAUGUGGUCAUUUUACUUACGAAGAUUUUGAAGUAAAAGGACAAAGCUGAGAGAACAUCAAAAGCAUUACUGUUCUACUUUACAGAAUCACCACUUCUGUAAGCAGCCUGCAAGUGCUUGGUGUUGAAAUAUUCCACAGCAUCCUCUAAUAUUUUCAAGCAUUUCCUGUUUCUUGUAAACCUGAGAUCUUUUAUAAUUCAAUUACUGAACUGUGGCAUUUUUUAUUCAACUACUGAAUUGUACUAUGAAUAUUUUUAUUGACCUUUGUUUCAGUAAUUAGCUGCUUUUCUGGUGCUUUCAACAAUGGAACUAAGGAUGUUGUAUCAUUUCCAGGCCUGCAGGAUAGUCUUCAAACAGAAUGGUUGAAUGUCAAAAUUAAACUUAGAUAUUGUACUACAACAGUUAAAAGUCAGUGUCUCUCAGCUGAUGAAGGCUUUGUGAUUUGUCCUCAGACAGGUGCUGUGGGCUUGACUUGCAUAACUGUGUAUGUUUUAUGAUGUGCAAUAUAUUAAAAAAACUCCAAAAUGGCAUAGUGCUUUGCACAAGUCUUGGAAUGUAACCAUGAUAACAUUCAGUAACUUUUAUUUCAAAUCAGGUGAUGAAAACUGCUGACAGCUACAAACUGUAGCAAUGUAUACUAUAUUGCAUUGCUCAGAUCUGUUGUCUGCUCAUAAUGGAAAAGUGAGAUUAUUUGUCAGUAAUCACAAAAGGGCAGAGGGCUAAUUAUCGGGCAUUUUUCUAACCUGACUUGUAAUUUCUGCAAUGAAUUUGGUGACAUUUGUGUAAAUUUAAGAUUUGUCUUGUGUGCAAAUUACAAAGUAUACUUUCUUACAUUUUUGUUUCUUUUUUAUUUGAAAGACUUUGUACUUUAUUUUCUUGUAUCCUUAAACCAGUCCCUUAGAAUUCAUCUUACUGGAGUAUAAAUAUGAAUUGUGUAGGAACUUUGUCCUUCUAAUUUGUUUUAAAGUUUCUUAAAAGGAAGUGGCAUGUUACAUAAAUAGUGUACUACAGAUUGAGUGCAAAAUACUUUGAAUUAUAAAUUUUUUAUUUAUAUAUCCUUUCAGUUAGUUAAAUGAAGUUCUUAACUUGCUUUGUAUUGUACAGAUUUUCAUACUGACUACAGAUGUAAUGUAUAUGAAAACUAAUUGUAAAUAGAAGGAAACAGUCCACAGCUAAUACCACUAAAUACCAGUUUCAUAUGUAAAUAAAGUAUGAAGUCAAGUGCCUA